AUGACUUAUAAUGGUAUCAGUAUUCAAGAACAUUGGGGAUCACUCUGCGGGUAUAGAGCUUUGACACUUUGGAUCGAAGAUGUUCAGCUGGGGCUGAGCGUGAUGACGAAUGGAGCGGCAGGGGAAGACGUGGUGAACUUGAUUAAGAUGAUGGUUCUUGAGGAGUAUACCGAGGGAAAGAAAGUGGGAUUGGACGAUUGGGUAAGAAGGAUCGAGCUCGAAAGAGCAGCGAAAACCGCUCGGAUCUGCUCUGACUACCCUGCUAUAUCUUCCACCUAUCCAGAAUCACCCAUCUCUGGGACGUUCGCAUGUCCCGGCUUCCCGGUUUUGAAGCUCGACGAGACCAACUUCAUGAAUGUCCGACCGAGAUGCGUGACUUUACCAUUCCGACCUCAACUGUAUGGCAACCUCAGACCUAUCUUAUGCAACAUGGGGAAUGGUAGGUAUGAAGGGUGCUUUGAGCUCACCAUGGCAGUCGAUGGAAGAAAAAGUUUUGGGUUACCUUUCCAUCUUCAAGUGGAAGAAGGAGGAAAAGACCAGUUUAAGGUAUUUGGACUGUCGGGUGUGGGCUAUGGAGUGGAUGGAGAAGAAUGUCCUGCUAUUUUUGUACGGUUUAGAUAG